UAAUAGACGGAUCGAAACACCAAUAACAUCAGUGUAUCAAGUGAAGAGGCAUAGUACGCCUACCUAAAGAACGAAACUAUCAAAUACUUCAUCCUGCCAGUAAAACAAUCCGUACAUAAAUUGUUUGGUAUCUCGUCGAAAUAAUGCACUAUUACGCACUGAACCUAUAUUUUCUAGUAUCCAUUAUUUCCCACCUCAGUCCCACAGAAUCAGCCAAAAUACUAGGAAUUUUCCCAUUUCAUAGUAAAAGCCACCAUUCAAUAAACCAACCCAUCGUCAAAGGUCUAGCCACCAAAGGUCAUGAAGUCACCAUAAUUUGUCAUUUCAAAUCAAUUGAGAAUGUAUCAAAUUAUCGGGAAAUCCUGAUCUCAGAGUCAGAAGGACUGAAGAAUUUUAUAGAUGGCAUUACAAUUGAAGAUAGCUUAAACUAUGCAGGAGUUAAAAACCUCCUAGACGCUUUUUAUGAUUUAGAAUCAACAAGUUGUAAUAGAAUUCUUCGCUUAGAAUACAUAAGGCAAUUAAUAACUUCAAAAGUUAAUCCAAUUGAUUUGAUCAUCGCGGAAGUUUAUCACGUUCAGUGUUUUCAUUUACUGGCGCAUAAAUUAAACGUCCCAUUGAUAAUUGUCUUACCACCUAGUUCUGAUAUGGGGGUAGACUAUUUUCUUGGAAAUCCAUUCGUUCCAUCCAUUACACCUCUACGAGAUACUAGGUUUACUACUAAAAUGAAUUUUCUACAACGUUUUGAAAAUAUUUUUCAAUAUGCCUUGUCAUAUUGGAGCCACAACUUCAUACACAAUAAAGAUAUGAAGAGAUAUGCUCAAGAAAUUUUAAAUAUCGAAUUACCAUCGGAUGAAGAACUGAAUAGACGUACAGCAUUGGCCUUCUAUAAUAAUCAUCCUAGUUUCAUUUCAAGACCAAAGUCUCCCAAUGUGAUAGAUAUUGCCGGAAUACACAUCAAAGAACCUGAAACAUUACCCCAAGAUAUAGCCAACUUUAUCGAAGAAGCGCCUCAAGGAGUGAUUUAUUUUUCAUUUGGAGCCACGAUGAAUGCAAGUAGUAUGACACCUGAAAGAUUGAAAGAAAUUACAGAUGCAUUUUCAGCUAUACCUCAAAGAGUUCUAUGGAGAAUAAAUGAUUUGAAUAUUGUUGGUAUUCCACCAAAUGUCAAAUUAGGCAAAUGGUUUCCUCAACGAGAUAUAUUAGAGCACAAGAAUGUAAUCGCAUUUAUCAGCCAUUGUGGCCUAUUUGGAACCCUGGAGGCUAUUCACACAUCUACACCUAUUAUUGGAAUACCCUUCAUACUCGAUCAAUUCCAAAAUGCGAAUAUAUUAGUUGAACGAGGAGUUGGUAUCUACAUUGAUUAUUUUUCAAUGAAUAAAAAUACUCUUCUCGAUGCAAUUAAGGAAAUCACAUCAAAUAUCAAAUACCGCGAGAAUAUUAUGAAAUGGUCAAAAGUUUUCAAAGAUAGACCAUUGUCUUCCCUAGACGAAGCUUUAUAUUGGACAGAAUAUGUGUUGAAGCAUCAAGGAGCUCCUCAUCUUAGACCAGUAGCCGCUGAUAUGCCCUUAUAUCAAUAUUUGCUGUUGGAUGUACUUGCAUUAACAUUGCUCAUUGGCAUAGGUUUUAUGUACUUUUUAAAACGGUUUUUUAAAUGCAUAAUUUUCUUUGCAUGCUGCAGGAAACCUAAGAAAAAUAAAAGAUCGGAUCAAUUAAAAAUGCACCUCAACUUUUCGAUAAUUUUUCCACUAGUUAUGAUUUCCAUAGGAAUUCAACUCAAACCUACAAGCUGUGCCAAAAUAUUCGGAAUAUUUCCAACCCGGAGUAAAAGUCAUCAUUCCAUCAAUCAACCAAUCGUUAAAGGAUUAGCCAUCAAAGGACACGAAGUCACCAUAAUCAGUCACUUUAAAUCCAACGAUAACCUACCAAAUUAUACGGAAAUUCUUCUCCCCAAACCUCUGACAGAUUGGGUGGACACUGUCGCCAUUCAGAAUAUCGGAGUUGGCGAUUUUGUAGGAAUUUGGAAUUACAUUGAGCUCGUACGAAUGAUGGAGAAAUCAUCAUGCGAUGACGUUUUGGGUUCUGAAUACGUAAGAAGAUUGAUAAAUUCGAAUGAAAAAACCAUAGAUUUAAUUCUAGUCGAAGUUUAUCACUCGCAAUGUUAUCACUUGCUAGCGUAUAAAUUGAAUGUUCCAUUAAUAAUAAUUUCGCCGCCAACAAUGUUAUUCGGGGUGGAUUAUUUUAUUGGAAAUCCAUUCUACCCGUCCUAUUUACCAUUCUUCAUGUAUACUACAAACAUGAAUUUUUUUCAACGUGUUGAGAAUGUGUUCUACUACGCCGUGUUGUAUUGGUACCAGAGCUACGUGUUUAAUAAAGAUAUGGACAUAUAUGCACGUGAAGUAUUUAAAAUGAAAUUACCUUUCGAUGAAGAAUUGAAUAGAAGAACAGCUCUAGCACUCUAUAAUAAUCAUUUCAGUUUCAUUUCUAGGCCGAAGUCUCCUAAUGCGAUAGAUAUAGCUGGGAUACAUAUCAAAGAACCUAAAGAAUUACCGAAGGAUAUAGAAGACUUCAUCGAAGGAUCAACUCAUGGUGUUAUUUUCUUCUCUUUUGGAACCACAGUCAAAGCCAGCAGUAUGUCGCCGGAAAAACUUAAAAUUAUCACGGAUGCAUUUUCUGUGAUACCGCAAAGAGUCAUCUGGAGAGUAAAUGAAUUAAACGUAACUUAUGUCCCUCCAAACGUUAAGCUUGGUAAAUGGUUCCCUCAACGAGAUAUAUUAGAGCAUAAAAAUGUCAUAGCAUUCAUCAGCCAUUGUGGAUUAUUUGGAACAUUGGAAGCUAUACAUACAGCAACUCCAGUAAUAGGGAUACCCUUCAUAUACGAUCAAUUUAUAAAUGCCAAAAUAUUAGUCGAGAAAGGUGCUGGUAUCUAUGUAGAUUAUUUCGCAAUGGAUAACAAUACUUUCAUCGAUGCUCUUCGUGAAGUUGUACAAAAUCCAAAGUAUAGCGAAAAUAUGAAAAAAUUAUCGAAAAUAUUUAAAGAUAGACCGAUAUAUCCUUUGGAUGAAGCGUUGUAUUGGACAGAAUAUGUAUUAAAGCAUCAAGGAGCUCCUCAUCUUAGAACAGCAGCCGCUGAUAUGCCCUUUUAUCAAUAUUUGUUAUUAGAUAUACUUACAUUAAUGUUGGUUAUCGUCGUAGGUUUUCUGUACUUUUUAAAGUAUUCAUUUAAAUUCAUAAUUUCCUUGGUGUGCUGUCGGCGGAAAGGAAAGAAAAAUAAAAUUCAAUAAAAUCUUAUGGCUAUCUA